AUGGCCUCCUCUGCGGCUCUUAGCAAGAAGCAGUUUAAGAGGUCUAUGACCAAGAAAUCACACUCAUGGUGGUGGGAUAGUCACAACUGUCCCAAGAACUCAAAAUGGCUUGCAGAGAAUCUAGAGAAGAUGGAUGACCGUGUGAAUCACAUGUUAAAGCUAAUCGAAGAAGACGCAGAUUCUUUUGCCAAGAAAGCUCAGAUGUAUUACCAGAAACGUCCUGAGUUGAUCCAGUGUGUUGAGGACUUCUACCGCAUGUACCGCGCUUUAGCUGAGCGUUAUGAUCAAGCCAGUGGUGAGCUUCAGAAGAACCAUACCUCUGAGAUCAAGUCACAGGGCUCUGUUGAGCAAUCAUCUCCUACUACAAAAGACAAGUUGAGUCGCGGUCAUAAGGAAGAGGAAGAUUCAUCUUCUUUGACCGAUUCCGGUUCUGAUUCUGAUUCUGAUGUCAAUGAUGAAGAUGGUGACGAGGCUUUGAUCCGUAGGAUGGCUGAUCUUGAGCUUGAGCUACAAGAGACGAAACAGAAGCUUCUUCUCCAGCAGGAGAGUGUUAAUGGUGACAACAAUCUUGAUCUGCUUCACAAGAUUACUGUUUAUGAGGGAGAGCUUAGAGAAGCUAAUGAAAAGAUACGAAUGCAUGAAGAAGAGAUCGCUAAGCUGAAGAUUGAGCUUCAGAGCUGUUGCAUGUCCUCUGAAACAGAAGCUGAACAAAUGAGUCUUGGUUUGGUUGAAGAGGAAACUGAAGAUGCAGAAGCAGCUACAAAAGUGAAGGCCUUGGAGGAAGAGCUGAGUAUGGCGAAAGAGAAGCUUCAGCACUAUGAGGAAGAGGUUUCUUAUCUGAAAAGCGAGCUUGAGAUCGGUAAAGCUGCAGAGGAGAAGCUGCAGAGCUUACAGAGUGAGCUUGAGUUGGCUCAGAAAGAGACUGAUACUCACAUUAGCAAGCUCAACGCGGAGAAGAAAGAAGUCUUGAAGUUGCAAGAGAGGUUAGCAAUGGUGAAAACUAGUUUACAGGACAGAGAUAAGGAGAUAAGGUCGCUGAAAACUGCGGUCUCCGACGCGGAAGAGAAGAUAUUCCCGGAGAAAGCACAGAUCAAGGGAGAGAUGUCAAAGCUCGUUGAAGAAAGAAGGCAACUUGGAGAGCAAGUUAGAGAGCUGGAAUCACAUAUAAGGCUGAUCACAGAAGAGAAAACUGAAAUGGAGGAGAAGCUUAGAGGAGAAUAUUCCGAGAAGAUUAGUGUAAUGAAAGAUGAGAGCAAUGUGCUAAGAGAAGAGAUUGGGAAGAGAGAAGAGAAGGUAAAAGAAAUGGAAAAGCAUAUGAAGGAGCUUCACAUGGAGCAAGUGAGGUUGAGAAGAAGGUCUAGUGAUCUUGGAGAAGAAGUGGAGAAAACUAAAGUGGCUGCAUCGGAAGUAGCUGAGCAGAAAAGAGAAGCCAUAAGGCAGUUGUGUGUGUCACUUGACUACUACAGAGAUGGGUACGAGAGGCUAUGGAAGGUUGUUGCAGAACAUAAGAGAGGAGUGGUCUUAGCAUCUUGA